AUGCCAGGGCUUACCAUCGGCGACACUCUCCCUGACCUCGAGCUCGACACCACUCACGGCAAGAUCAAACUCCACGACUACGUUGGCGACAGCUUCACAAUCAUCUUUUCUCAUCCAGGCGACUUUACGCCCGUGUGCACGACCGAGCUCGGUAUGAUGGCCGCCUACGCCGACAAGUUUGCCGAGAGAGGAGUGAAGCUCUUGGGGCUCUCGUGCGACGACGUUGAGUCCCACAACGCGUGGAUCAAGGACAUCGAGGCCUACAACAAGGGCGCCAAGGUCACCUACCCCAUCGCGGCCGACCCGAACCGCCACGUCAUCGAGCAGCUCAACAUGGUCGACCCCGACGAGAAGGAUUCCUCCGGCGGCCAUGUCCCGUCCCGCGCCCUCCACAUCGUGGGCCCUGACAAGAAGAUAAAGCUGAGCUUUUUUUACCCGGCGAGCACGGGGCGCAACAUGGAUGAAGUGGUGAGGGUGCUGGACUCCCUGCAGAGGGCGUGCAAGCACAAGAUAGCUACUCCGGCCAACUGGAAGCCAGGGGACAAAGUGGUAAUUUCGCCGAGCGUGUCGAGCGACGAGGCCAAGAGCAUGUUCCCACAGGGCUACGAGUCGGCGGACCUGCCGUCAAAAAAGGACUACCUGCGCUUCACCAAUGUUGGCUAA